AGGGGAAGAACUCUAUCUCCACAGAGGCUACAGCUAUUUAAGGAAUCAGUCAUGGCUGCAGAAGCACAGCACACUUGUUAUGAGGGUGACAAUGUCCACAUUUUCCAGUUCUAUCUGGAACACUCAGGAGAGCACAAGGCCAUUGUGCAGUGUGUUAACAAUCUCCUAGCAAGAGAAUUUAAAAGGAUUGGAGAGGGUAAAAGCAGCCUGGCUGUUCUUGGUGUUGGAAGUGGUGGAGGUGAGGUGGAUGCUCAGAUCCUCACGCUGCUGCAGUCUAUAUUCCCUGCUGUUCCUAUUACUGCUGACAUUGUGGAGGGCAGCUCUGAACUCUCAGACAACUUCAAAGCUUUGGUAGCAAAGACUGCCAGUCUUCAGAAGAUCCCAUUUGGCUGGCACAUCAUGAGCAGCGAGGACUAUGUAAAGCAAGUGAAAACGAAGGGCGAGAUGAAGAAAUUUGAUUUCAUACACAUGAUUCAGAUGAUCUAUUAUGUGGAAAACCUUUGUGAAACUAUCAGCUUUUACCACAGCCUUCUAAAAGCUAACGGCAGACUUAUGAUCAUCGUCGAAGCAGCCAACAGUGGAUGGGACACCUUGUGGAAGACGUACAGCAAGGAGCUGUGUGUAGGUGUCAUCAAAGAGUACCGUUCAUCAGCCGAGGUCAUUGCCUGUCUGGAGAGCCUGGGUCUGAAAUACGAUGAGCAUUCAGCUCCCAACGCCUUCGACAUUACCGAGUGCUUCAAUCCAGGCAGCUGCCAUGGAGAACGCCUGCUGAGUUUCAUGACAGGAAGCGACAAGUUCCACGAGUCCUUCACCCCAGAGAUCAGAGCGGGCAUGUUAGAUCUUCUAAGGAGAAAGUGCAGCACAGAGAAGGAUGGCAAAGUGUUGUUCAACAGCGAUCUGAGCUGCAUUCUUGUUCAUGCUUAAAUAUAUGCUGUGGAGAAGUGUCCAUCUAUUCCGAUGGAUCUUUAUUCUGUAAGUUUGUCAGAAAGAAUGAAUAAAAUCAAUAUAGUUCAGUUUAUCUCAAGUGAGUAAAA